UCUGCCUGGGAAAGGACGCAGAUUUCUGGCAGGGGUGGCUCAGGCGUCCCAUUUGGAGGCUGAGGUGAUGCUGCUAAUUAUAAGCCAGGAGAGCAGAGCUGCAAGACUAAGGGUGAAGGUAUGUUGGACACGAUGUAAGAGGUGCCUCUCCUAGUUGAUGAGUAAGAAGAAUGAGCUGGAACGGGCUGGAAUGAGCUCUUCUCUUCUGUCCGGGAUGACGUGGGCGUGAGAGGCGAGGCCACACCUCCACAGGAAAGGGUAUAAAAACUGCAGGCUCUCGGUGCUGAGGCAGAAAGCUCCCAGCUCACUGGAGAGGAAGCAGCCUCAGAGCCAGCAGCAGAUACCGAAGAAGCAGAGAUGCUUUGCCGAAUGCAUCUUUUGCCAUUUGCCUCCAGCUCCCUGGCCACCCGUCUGGGCACAGCGAGGACCCUCUGGCCGAAUCCAGCAGCAAUCUUCACCGAACUGCAGCAGGAGAUGGAGAGGGCUCGGGAGUUCAUGAGCAGCUUCGAGCAGCUCCUGACCAGCCAAGGAAGCUUCGCUGCGGACCAUGCCCAGGGCUCCAGUGCUGCCGUGGCCCAGAGCUCCAGUGCUGCUGUCACCCCGGGCUCCGGCGAGGGCUUCUCCGUGUGCCAGGACGUCAAGGACUUCGCCCCCGAGCAGCUGUCGGUGAAGGUGGUGGGCAGGAAGGUGAUGCUGGUGGGGCAGAAGGAGACGCAGAGCACGGACGAGAAGGGCUCCUUCUCCUACAAGUACGAGGUGCUGAAGCGGGAGUGGGACGUCCCCAAGGAUGUGGACACUGAGGCGCUGACCUGCUCCCUGUCCAGCGAGGGCCAGCUGCGCAUCGAGGCCCCCAGGCGGGCGCUGCCGGCCGCCCCGGAAAGGAAAGUGCCCAUUGAGGUCAGCCCUGCAGCACCGCAGCCCGGACCAGCCGUGGAGGAGGGUGCCGUUGGAGGAGCCAAGGCGUAAUGGGAAGGGAACCAAUGCCCCAUGCCAGGACCAGAAGAGAUGGCAGCAAGUCUUGGGUUUUAGCCCAGAUGAGAUCCGUCAGCAUUGCCUUUUUCAUCACUAUACUGGAAUGUGCUUGUUUUGUAUCCAAUAAAAGUGCUUUUGAAUAGAAUCUA